AUGCAAGGAGGAAUACAAGAAGAGGAAACUUUCCAAAAAAAUAUCAAGGAGGCUCUUGGAAACAAGCAUGUAGCAAAGGACUUCUUUAACAUACGCAAGGCCUCUGUCCCGCGUGAUUUAAACGAUGCAAAAAGGAGAAUCCUCACUAAUCUUGAUAGAUUUAAAUUCCAUUAUUUUGCAAUGGCAAGCAUACUUACACUAAUAUAUGUUUUGUACCGCUUAGAGCUAAUUAUUCUUAUUGGAAUUAUUUCCAUUACAGCGUAUGCUUACAAGACUAAGCCAACACUGUUUAAUAUUGAGAUGGAACCAAGGUCUGUAUGUAUAGCUGGGAUUGUUGGGAUCCUUAUCUUUUUUAUAUUCUUCAAGGAAGCAAUAGUAGGGCUUCUCGCGAUAUCCGCAAUCUGUGGUAUAAUAAUCUUGAUCCAUGCUGCAUCACUUGAAGAAGAUUUACAAAAGGAUGAAGAGGUGUAA